GAUACAAAUAUUUCCGGCGUUUGUAUUUCCAACAUGGCGCGAAUGGAUUUAAUAUCUUUUAAAGGUUUGCGUUUAGAUGGUCGUAGAGCGAAUGAAUUGCGACAAAUUCGUUGUAAAAUGGGAGUCUUUAGUCAGCCAGAUGGUAGCGCAUACUUAGAACAAGGAAAUACCAAAGUUUUGGCAGCUGUGUAUGGUCCUCAUGAGAUUCGAGGAAGUCGAAGUAAGGCCCUUCAUGACAAGGCAUUAGUAAACUGUCAGUAUAGCAUGGCAACCUUUAGUACAGGUGAACGUAAACGUCGACCUCGGGGUGACAGGAAAUCACAAGAAAUGUCCAUGCAUCUGCGUCAAGCCUUCCAGGCAGCGAUUAGGGUGGAAGUAUAUCCGCGCUCACAAAUUGAUAUCUUUGUUGAGGUUCUUCAGGCAGAUGGAGGAAAUUACUGUGCAUGUGUGAAUGCAGCAACUUUGGCUCUAGUGGAUGCCGGCAUACCCAUGACAGAAUAUGUGGUUGCCUGCACUGCCAGUCUUGCAAAUGGAGAUGUUCCAUUGGUUGAUGUCAGCAAUUUGGAAGAGAACUCUGGGGGUCCAAACCUAACAGUUGCAGCAUUGCCGCUCUCAGGACAGGUGGCUCUGAUGGAGAUGUCCCAACGCUUUCACCUUGACCACUUGCCUAAAGUGGUGGAGUGCGCACUGCAAGGUUGUCGUGACAUUCAUCAGAUCCUGGAUCAAGCUGUGAGGAGACAUACUGAAAUGUCUGGAUCUGCUUUGGGGUGGGGGAAUAGAGCUCAAGUGGACCUGUGAUUUGUGGGCUCUUAACCACAACAUUCUGUACAAAAAUAAUUUUGUAUUUUACAAGUUAAAUAAUUUUGUGUUUGAAUUAAUGGAAGUAAUGUUUGAACAAUGUCAACUAAACGUGAAUAUCCUGGAAAAACAAAGUGCUGUGUAAUUUGAAUGACUGUUGUAGAAAAUGAGAAAUAUUUUUUUCCAGGAUGUAUAGGUGGCAGCACUGAACAUCAAACAUGCUGUGCACAGUGUGCAACUUUGAACUGCAUCAAAGUGCAAACAAGGGGUUUCAGUUCUCUGUGAUGAAACAGUGAAAUUCACAGUUGUUUACUGCAGUCACCAGAAAAUGAAUUAAAAACCUUGUCAAUAAGAUGAUUAUGCUGUAGAAGCAGAUAAAGCUCUAUGAAGCCAUUUUAAAUUUUGUGCGUAUUCCAUUCUUGCAGUACAUAUCCUAGACAAAGCAAAACAAAGUUUGUUGCUUAGGUGAAUUAAACAGGUGGGAAGAUUUUUUUAACUGGGAUAGAAGUGAUUUGUUCCCUGAUAAAGUUGUGUGAAAUACAUGUAGUCAGAAUAGGUUUGUCAAGUAGUAUAUUCUGGUGUAGAUUUCAGUCUGUGAUAUAUUUGAAGUUCUUGACUCAUUCUAAAUGCAUUUUCCACUGCUCUAAUAGCGCUCAAUAAGUGACAGUCAAGAAUUCUUUCAUCAUCAUCAUGGACUUGUGAUCCAGGAUAUAAUCUUAAGAAUCUUCUCAGUGGAAAGGUACUAUUUGAGACUAAGUAAAUGGUAUUGGGUCCUCUGUACCUGGAAAAGUUUUAUCUUCGUUAACGUUUUUCUUUUGCAAAGCUGGAAUUUACAGAUCUGCAAUGGCAGAACUUUCAAGUGAAUCUCGAUAAAUUUGAAGUGAACCCCAAACCUCAAAAAUUUGUUAAUAAAAGCCUAUUUUUAGCCUUCUUACCUAAUUUAAAAAAAAAAACAAGUAGGCUUAUGUGAUCACCAUGCUGUCUGUUGUCCAUCCCCCCAUCCAGUUUGAAUGAAUGAACUAAUCUUUAUGAAACUUGGUACAUACAUCAUGGCACCUAAGGUGAUCUGAAUGGUGUGUUGCAUAAAUCCCUUUCAUAGGUCUGUGUACACAGGCAAUAGCUUGGUAAAAACAUUACAUACACAACAACAGAAUUAUUCAGCGAGUUUUCUGUGUGGUCCAUGUCAUAUCAGAGGAAAGAGGCGCUUAGUUCUUCCCAGAACUUCUUGUUAUACACAGAAUUACUUUGACACUGUGCAAUUUUGUAGGUAGUUACGAUCCUCCAUCACAAAUGUUCCUUCCAUACUCUCUGAGGUCAUCAGUAACAAAUUUAUAUUGUGCACCUUACCAGUCCUAGUACAACAGCAGAAUAGCUUUUGUGGUAACUAAUAUGGUGAUCCACUUUGUGGAGGUGCUAACAGUUUCAGAAUGCCUGCUCUCAAGAGUACCUAGACUAUUCAUUCAAUUCAUUUUCACUCUUUCUCAGUCUUGACAAAUACUUCCACUACAGCUCUCACAUCCUGCCAAAAGGAUCCUGUGAUACUCAGUCCAUAACUGUGAUGAAAUAGGCUAUAUUAUAAAACAACCUGUUUUCAUUUUUCGGUAUGGCUGCAACACUGAAAUCAUGCACAGUGCAUGUGCAUCAGUGAGCUGAAAAGUAUGUAGAAUAGCAACAGUGUUAUGAUUUGGUAUGAUUAAGUGAACUUGCAAAUGAAGGUGUUAAUAAAUCCACUCAACAAUCCAGAACCCUGGACACCUGACAACAUGAAUUCAGAUUUCCACUGUAAUAUUACAGUUUAUCAUUUAUUAUUAAAUUAUGUUUGUAGUGCCAGGCAGUGUACCUAAGAAUUCAAAAUUAUAUUUAGAUAAUCUUUCUUAAGGUAAUUAAGAUGAUCAUGUCUUAAAAAAUACAUAUAAAAACAAAGAUCUUUCAUCAAAAGUCACAGUUUUAUAAACAUCUUAUAUUCAAUAUAUAAAAGCUGAUAAGAAAAUUAUUCAGUUAGCAUUGUUCUCGUGAUAUGAAAAUUAUCUAUAUAUGUGUAUGUAUAUAUCUUACUUAAAAAUUACAAACUAAAAUUAUACAUUCAUAAUGGAAAAGCUUUAUAUUUGUACAAGGCAAUUUCUUGACAUCUCAGAUUUUUCUGUCAAGAAACAUCUCAUAUAAAACACGUACAAGCGUGUACCAGUACCUGUGUAAGCAUGUUUAUUUGCAUGGCUUGUUGCUUCAAUAUCUUAUACUGUUCCUUAAUGUGGUUGCCCAUCUGGAU